AGAGAAGAAUUCUCUGGAUCACAACAGCACGUCUCUUAACCUGAGGAUGACAGAGCGUGUUAGGCAUGUACCGCAGAAGAUAUAUUUUGCCUUUGCUUUGCCGCCAUCGUUUCCCGCAACACCUAAUUUAGAGAAGUGUUAUUAUUCUUUUUCGCGGCAUUCUCUUAAUCUUUAUCCUGCAGCGGGUCUUUCACCAAAUAGUAGCUAUCAUAAUCAUGAUCCGUACGUUCUUCGUAUGGCGCAACACUGUUGGGAAGCAUCAGGUAAGGUGGAGGCGAUUCAUGCGGUCCAGUCAUUACCACCUCUGUCUAUCCUAGAUGAAGAAGAAGCUGCAUUUGUGCAGAUUUUUCUUUCAGGUGAAAAUAAUCAGGUUGCUGAGACUAGAGAAAAAAUAUUUUCAGAAUGUUUACCUCAGCGACAAGCUUGUAUUGCAGUCUCGAGAUACCUUUUAUUAAAUGAAGAAGGGGUAGUAGAUCUUCAGUUGUCUACAAAAUUUGACGAAAUUGCAUUGGAUACUGGUACAAGUAUAUAUAUUUUGAAGUCAGACGUAUCAUCAUUAACAAUGCAUACGUUGACGUCAUCUAAAACAGAAGCCAACCCGGGGGGGAUCUCGGUAACACUUCCGGUUUAUAAGAAAAUUAUGUUACCGGACGAUGUAACACUUUCUGUAUUGGUUUCGGGAGACGUGGCAUCAUUAGAAUAUGCGUUAAUCAAAAUAUUCGUGCAUUUAGACAUGUUGAUGGGGAUGCAAGUAAAGAAACUUGAAAUUGAUCCUCGAUUUCAUCCAUUAAUAUGUGGACGAAAACGUUCAAAUCUUGAGAAUAUCAUGGAAGAGACCUUUACGAAUAUUUAUAUGCCUAUGCCGUUUGCAAAUGUUUUAAGUAUUCGACGACAUCUUCCUCCACUUGUGUCCGAUGAGAUUUAUAUUACAGGACAAAGGGAAAACAUCAUUAACGCGGAAAAGAGGAUAUAUGCAGCAUAUCAAUCAUUUACUCUUAUAUCAAAAACAAUUGUUAUUGUGGCAUCUAAAAAGGAUUGGUUGCUUAUUAGAAAACUGGAUGAUAUAAAGAAUAUCAUGGAUAAUAAUGUUUCUUAUAUUAAGUUUCCAAUGCUUGGAUCACAAAAUAUUGAAAUAGAUAUUUUCUCUACUCAUGAUCAUCUUAUUGACAAUACAAUUGAUUCAUUUAUUAGCUUGCUGUCUGAUUAUUAUAAUGCCACUUAUUGGAUAUUUCCCCGUUCUAAUCAGCAAAACUACGAAUUAUUAUUUACUGAUUUAGAAAUCCAGAAGAUACUUAUGGAAAUUACUAAGAAACAUCCCGUAGAAAUAAUAUAUAAACAUGGUUGUUUCGAUAUUGCAGGUAUGAAAGACGAAAUUAAAAAAGUCGUUAGAACCAUUUCAAAAAUUCCUAAUAUACAGAACCGACCGCAACAAAUACGUUUUACGGUGGAAUUUUCUAACAAGUAUCAUGAAUUCAUUCAGGGCAAAAAAGAAGGAAAGAUUAAUGCCAUUAGAAAGCAUGUUGGUGUUAUUGUAGAAUUGCAUACUUUUUCUAGCAGAAGCUUUUGUAUUGAUAUAAUUGCGGAAAAUCUUGAGCAAGCAAUGCAUUGUCUUAGUAUGCUUGAGGAUGAAUUCCCUACGGAGAUUACAUUUUAUAUUCCUGAAGAAUAUCAUAGACGAAUGAUUGGUAUUCGUGGUAACACUAUUCAAUCUGUUAUGCGGCAAUAUGGUGUUUUUGUCAAGUUCUCAAAUACCAGUGCAUUUAUGGCACCGGGACAUCAUAAUUAUCCAGAUGAUAAUGUUUUAGUUAGAUGUCCAGCAAAAAAUGCGGCAAAUCUUAUUGAGCUUAAAGAGACUCUAAUGAAUAUGGCAAAUUAUAAGGCAAAUUAUAUUUAA